AUGGCUGUAAAGAUGCAAACAAUAACUGUGUUAAAGGCAGAAGAGCCAGUUGAAGCAGGCAAUAGUGAUGACGAUGAGGUUAUUCCAAAAAUGACGUCAUCACAUAGCGCUAAGAGAAUUUCGUUUCCAGUCGACUCAAUUUUAAAUGCUGUUAUUCAGGACGGGGAUGUGAUGGAAUUGUUACACAUAUUGCGAUAUCAGCGGUCAGAGUUUGAUCUGAAUCAAAGAAAUCACACGGGUUUGACUGCAUUACACUACGCUGUAUUGACAAAUAAUCUUGAUUCUGUAAAAUUGCUGUUAAAUCACGGCGCAAAUGUGAGUUCUCAGGAUGAAUACGGGUUCUCGCCUUUGCACACAGCGGCAGCACUUGGAUUUUUACAGGUUACUACAAUGCUCAUCGUUCACGGUGCUGACGUGUUUUCAUUGACAAAACAUUCGGAGUUACCUAUAGACUUAGCUAAAGACAUAUCAGUUAUCAGAGUUCUUUCGAAUGAAAUGUGUUUAAAGCUGCAAACCGAGCAAUAUGUAAAAUCGUUGAUAUUUCUGGCAAUCAGAACUACGUGUGCAAUCAUGUGUAAAUACUUUAUGUAUAUUCUCAAAGGAAUUAUUUUUGUUAUGAUGUAUUUAUUUCAAAAGUGUUGUGAAUUAAAAACUAAAGGAAAAACUAAACCUGUCACACGGACAAAAAGAAAUUCAAUACAAAAUGUAGGAAACAAUGAUAUCCAAAGUAAUGACAAAGAGACGAUAAAUAAGAAGCAUAAUUGAUUAAACAAAAGUUUAUGUAAAAAAACACAGUACAUAUCAAGCGUUUGUUAUUUGAUUUAACCAAAUAUUGUUUUAUAUUAUUUUGACGUUUUAAGUUUUCAAUAAAUUAUUUUAGUCUGUU